GCCACGAGCGAUAAAACGCGGGGACAAUCAUGCGGGUAUUGACCCGGUUGAGCAAGGGUUGUCUCUGCUCCAUCGUGAGGAUGGAUCUGGCAGAUGUAUAAGGUUGAUAGAAAAUGCGGAGAAGAUACGAUAGCUUAAGGGGAGGAAGGUCCAAGCGGAACUUCUCAACCUAACCCUAAUCAGGUGAUGGCCGGUCCAAUCAGAUGAUGCGUUGCCAUAACCACUUCAACUCAUCCAUGCAUCAUGCUGCUUGUUUUCAAGUCCCUUCAAUAUAUCCCAUGCUGGGGUUGAUAAGGCCACCUUGCCGGUUUUUGCUCCAGUACGUGGCCCAGGCUAGCCUGUUGCAACUUUUGGGAGAGCCAGCUGGCUUUUACUUGUUGAUGGCGUGACCUACCUGUAUAAAUUCUCGGAGGGAGUUCUACUGCGGUUCUGUAUACAGCUUUUCUAGCAAUUGUCCUCCUGGUCAUACCUUACACUUAACGACACCAAUAAUACAACAAUGACACCCUCUAACUUGACUCCCACAUCAUCUAUCUUAAUCGUCGGUGCAGGGACCUGGGGAUGCUCUACUGCUUUACAUCUUGCCCGUCGAGGCUACAAGAAUGUCACGGUCCUAGAUCCACACCCGGUCCCUUCCCCAAUUGCAGCCGGCAAUGACAUUAACAAAAUCAUGGAGCACAGAGAGGUCAGAGCAUCGGAAACUGAUCCCUGGGGUAUCGCAUUCUCAACAUGCACAAGAGCUGCUCUGAAAGGCUGGAAGACCGAUCCCGUGUUCCAGCCAUACUUUCAUGAAACGGGGGCAAUUGUCUCCGGCCACACUCCAGCUCUGAUUAAACAUAUACAAGAGCAUGAGAUCGACUCGUCAGACGCAGAGUUCGUAAAGCUGGACACCGCAGAGGAUUUCCGCAAGACCAUGCCGCCGGGAAUCCUCACCGGCAACUUCCCCGGCUGGAAGGGCUGGCUGAACAAGACCGGCGCCGGAUGGAUCCACGCCAAGAAGGCCAUGUUCUCCGCAUACACCGAAGCGAAGCGUCUAGGAGUCACUUUCACCACCGGUUCCCCGGAAGGAGACGUCGUGUCUCUAGUUUACGAGAACGGGGAUGUGGUCGGGGCCAGAACAGCCGACGGCGCCGUCCACCGCGCAGACCAUACCAUCCUAUCCGCAGGGGCUGGCAGUGACCGUCUCCUGGACUUUAAGAAACAGCUCCGUCCCACCGCCUGGACACUCUGCCAUAUCAAAAUGACGCCCGAGGAGGCCAAGAAGUACCAGAACCUCCCCGUGCUGUUCAACGUCGCAAAGGGGUUCUUCAUGGAACCCGAUGAGGACAACCACGAACUGAAGAUCUGCGACGAGCAUCCUGGAUAUUGCAACUUCGUCCCGGACCCGAAGCGCGGCGGCGAGGUGCGCAGUAUCCCGUUUGCGAAGCAUCAGAUCCCUCUCGAGGCUGAGGCCCGUGCAAGGGACUUCCUCCGUGACACGAUGCCUCAUCUUGCCGAUCGCCCACUGGCCUUUGCUCGUAUAUGCUGGGAUGCUGAUACCGUGGAUCGCGCCUUCUUGAUUGACAGGCAUCCUGAGUACCGCUCGUUGCUGCUUGCCGUCGGUGGGUCGGGCAAUGGGGCCAUGCAAAUGCCUACCAUCGGCGGGUUCAUAGCGGAUGCCCUGGAGGGAAACCUGCAGAAGGAACUGAAGCAUGUACUGCGGUGGAGACCUGAGAUUGCCGCCCAACGAGACUGGAAGGAUACGCAAAAUAGAUUUGGGGGUCCGAAUAAAGUGAUGGAUUUCCAGAAGAUCGGAGAGAAUGAGUGGACUAAGAUUGGUGACAAGAGCCGGCUUUAGGCGCCGUCUGUACGAAGCUAUUUGAUAGCUUGUUCUAGCACAAUGACAUGUAUCUAUCACAUAAACGUACAGCACUCCUGCAUCUACCGGCGAGCCUUUUACUCUCACUUGUUAGAUAUUGAACAUAAGACUGGAUACAAAGCUACUGUAGGAAUAU